GGAUCUGAGCAAUGAUUAUGUUUAUAGGCAAGGGGCGAAAUUAGUGACAGAGCCAGAGGGUUGAGCAAUACGUUGUGUGUCAGUUCGAGAAACAAGGGGUGAAUUUGACAGAGUUUGAACAAAGCUUCACUAAUGGCUGAACAAGAUUCAGGUGCUCAAAAGAAGCUAGCCAAGGACUUAUGGCAGGCUGUAGACAAUAAUGACGUCACCAAAGUUAGGUCCCUGUUGGGACAGGGGGCAGACCCCAACCACCAGCUCUACUGGAGUGAGUGGGCGGAUACGCUGCCUCCAUUACACAGGGCUUGCUAUAAGGGCUACCUUGAGAUUGUGAAGACACUUGUUACUCAUGGAGCUCGUACUUAUAAAGGUGGUGGGAGUGAAAACAUGACUCCACUUCACUGGGCAUGCCUGGGAGGUCAUAAAGAGGUGGUGCAGUACUUGAUCGAGGAGGUCGGGUGUAGCACUGAUGUGAGGGAUAAUGAUAACAGGACUCCUCUUCACUAUGCUUGUUUUGGAGGAAGUAAAGACCUGGUACAGUAUCUGGUGGAGGAGCUGAAGAUGGAUAUUGAUGUGAGGGACAAGUGGGGCCAAACACCACUGCACAUGCCUUGUGGGAUGGGACAUAUACAACUAGUGAAAUACCUAGUUGAGGAACUAAAGUGGGAUGUUGAUGUGACUGAUGUUAUAGGCAAGACUCCUCUUGACAAGGCAGUAUGGUAUGGUCGCACUGAAGUUGCUGACUAUCUCAAGUCUGUAGUCUCCACUCCUGAACCAGAUACUCCAAAUGGUUCCGAACAACUUCCUUCCACUACUUCAAAGGAUGAUCCUAACCUAACCUCAUCAACGGCAGAAGUUCUUUUUGCGUUUCCGAAAACUCAAGAUGGUGAGCUGUCUUUGAUGGUAGGGGAUAUCAUUCAAGAUGUUGUGACAGUUGAUGAAGGCUGGUGUGAAGGAACUCUGAAUGGAGAAAGAGGGCUCUUCCCUGUCAAUUUUGUCAAAAUGAGACCAGCACAACCACCAUCACAGCCACCGGUUGUGCGAGAUGGUGGAGGAGCUAUAAAGAGCCGACGUGCUAAGGUGGUAUACAGCUUUGUUGCAGAAAGUCCUGACGAGCUUUCUCUUGAAGCUGGACAGAUUGUGGAGGUGAUAGCAGAAGAGGAGGAGGGAUGGUUUAGAGGGAGGCUCAACAAUAAGGAGGGGGUCUUCCCAAGUAUCUUUAUAGAAUCCAGCCCAGUACCAGCCGAGCCUCUACCAGAACCAGGCACUCCAUUUACUGAGGAAGACUCUGAUGCUCUAGAAAAGCUGCUCCUAGACAACAACAUCUCUUUAACUGGUGACAGGACAUAUAAGACAGUAGUCCACCACCUCCGUGAGCUUGGGCACGCGGAACUCGCCGACAACCUGAGAGCAAACCUGGACAAAGUUAUCAAAUGGCAGCGACGAUACCUCAAUAGACUCAUGACUCUAAUGGUCGAAAAAGAAACAAUCGAUAUAUGCACUCUGAAACUGUGUCUCGUUGGUCCGCCUCACGUUGGGAAAACAACCACACUCAAUCGUCUACUGCAAGUGUACGAAAACAUUCAAUCAGCUGGAGACAAGGCGAAAUAUGCAAGCACUCUACUAGCUAACUGCAUCCAGGUUAUGGCGUUGAUUAAUGAAGAUGAGUGGAUAUCUUCCAAGGAUGUCGAUGAAGAAGCCAAGAUGAUAUUUGGUUAUCUAUGUGGCAAUUUAACUCUUGAUGAAUUAGAUAUACCCAAGGAGGAAACGACAAAAGCAGGAAGUGGUCAAAGAUUGGUAGCACAUUCUAGUGAUGAACACACCGCCCCCAUCAUCAGCCGGAGUGAAGAAACAGAAGUCAACACACAAACCGUACAAGAUGCCACACCUACUGACUCUGAGGAUAAAGCUGCUGUAGCCCACCAAAACAAACUAGCACAAGUAAUUCUUCGACUACAAAAACUGAUAAAGAGCGGAAACUACUCCAAAGUGGCCAAAUGUCUUGGGAACACCUUGCUAAACAUCAACGAUGUCGGAGGCCAACCAGAAUUCCUAGAAAUGCUACCAGCCCUGAGCAAUGGUCCUGCCAUGUAUCUAGUGUUCUUGGAUCUGAGCAAGGAACUUGACAAGCCCUACGAUAUUCCCUUCAAUCGUGACAACACAGUCAUCACUCCUUAUAAAUCAAUGCACACAGUGAAAACCGCAGUCUCUCAAAUCCUCUCAUCCAUUGCUAGUGUGCGUCACAUGUCGGAAAUUUCAAAGCCUCUCUUAAAAAGUCCUCAGUUGAAAGAAAAAUUUGAAGCGUUUCUCACUGUCCCUCCAGUGGCAGCCCUAAUAGGCACCCACAAAGAUAAGCUUGGUGGAGACUCAACAGAUGGUCCAGAAAAAGAACGAUUGACCAGAGACAAAAUGAUGGAGAUAAACGCAGCAUUGAAGCCCAUCACCAAAACUUUCGAGAACAUUUUAGUUUUUCCUAAGCAAGAAAAUGAGGUUUCUGAUGACACAUCUGAUAAAGAUGCAAAGUGCUCUUCUGGCAGGAUGUCCUUUUUUGCCCUCGAUAACGAUAAAGGCACAGAGAAUGCUGAAAUUUCUCCAUUACGUGGCUUAAUGAAUAAACUAUUUUACUCUCGCUUCGGCAAGACCUCUCUUCCAAUACCCAAAAAUUGGCUUGUACUAGGAAUUAUUCUCCGAAAGGAAUAUCAAAUUGCCACAGUAGCAGAUUGUAUCGAAAUAGGCAAAAGGUUGGAGAUGGAUGAAGAAGAAACCACAAUCUGCCUCCUCUACCUUCAUAGUAUAGGAUCGAUCCUGUACUAUACGGAGGUUCCCGAUGAUGAUGAUCCACGCUGGCUCCUCAAAGGUCACGUCAUCUGCUUACCUCAAGUGAUCUUCGAUAGCAUAAGCCAACUGAUAAUCGUUUCUAUGCAGGUUGUUCAUGAUGGAGGCCUCGACACUGAAUUUGUGAGAGCAGAAUUGAUCAGGAAAGGUCAGUUCUCACUAGAGGCCAUCGAGAGACAUUGCAAAUUAGAUGUUGAAGUUUCCAAAAAACUGAAAAACAAUUUACUGAUACCGUCUGGACCGCUUGUGAAACUUCUCAAGUACCUCAACCUUCUCUCUGAGAUCACACACAAAGAUGGUGAACGAAUCACGUACCUCAUGCCGGCUAUCUUGAAGUGUGCUUCACAAAAGGAGCUGACCAACCCACCUCAACCAGACACCAACAACCCAGAACCACUCCACAUCACAUUCAGCUUUGGUUACGUACCAACAGGAGUCUUCUGUGGGCUCAUCACUCGACUAGUUUCCCAAGGCCCUCAUGGAAUUCUCGGAUUGAGGUGGGAAUUGGUGGAAAAUGGCGUCAAACGAAACUGCGUCUCCUUUUAUGUUGACUACGUACAUAAAGUGACACUGCUCUCUCACGACAGAAGCUACGAGAUACGAGUUGAACGCAAUGCAGAACAGAUGGAUUUCCCUCUUCACGAUCUUUGCUCCCACGCUCUGUCAGCAAUCCUGUAUUCUCUCAAGAUCCUGUUCCCAAAGUUGAUCCUCAGUGUUGCAUUUCAAUGCUCCUGUCCCAAACACGCAGCAAGCAAGAGCCUCAACAACCUUUGCACCCUUGUUCAAGGCCGACAGAUCCACUUCCUGUGUGGUAGAAGUCCCGUCACCCUCAGUGAAGCACAACAAGUGUGGUUGGGGAAGCACGUGUGUCUAGGAAGCAGGACGGAACUAGAGGUGCUAAAGUUUGCUGAGGAUGGUUUCUCCUUCCACUGGAGCAAAGAGGGCUCCAGACGUCAGAUCAAGACAACUGAUGAUCAGCCCAACACUCUGAGCUUCCCGAGUGUGAGAGAAGAGGACUUUGGUCACUACCAGUGUGAGGUGAAGGAUGCUGGGAAAGUGCUCCUCACUCUCUACACAGCUCUCUACAAAGAGGACACAAGUAAUGCAGUGACUCCACUAGCCACUCCACACACAACCACUCAGUCAGCUCAUGAGACGACAGCGACUGCAGCUCAGUUGAGUCAAGAGUGCUCGGAUGAAGCUCUUCUCCAGUUGUCUACCGAGAUUGCUGGCUACCAUAAAUACAAGCACAGGCUGGGCCUCAGUGAUGCUGAGAUAUACGCUAUCGAUCAGAGUCCUUCCAUGAUUGAUAAUAUCUCAGGGAGAUUUUACACUGCUCUGAAGAAAUGGAAGAGUAAAAGUAUUGUUGAAAUGUAUCCAUCGAAAUCGUCAGCUACUUACGGUCGAUUAGUGGAGAUUGCCUCAGAGAUUGAGGAUGGAGAGGCAGUUCGCAUCAUUCACAAGGCCUGUGUGGAGCAUACCAAUACUGGAGUUGCUUGAAAGGGACGAAUAAAGAUGUCAAGUAAAGAAGCAUGCAAGAAUGUCAAGUAAAGAACUAACUCUGUGUUGACUAUAAGUACUGACUAUUAUAAUGCUCUGUGUUCUGUGUUUGAUUAUACCACCUUCUAUUUUUAUAAAAUUUCAUUUCCAGC